AUGUCCGGGAGCCUCAAUGACUGCCUGGAACAACUCAAAGUAUCUAGCAACUCAAUUCAAACUCUUUAUUUCAAACCCCCGGGCAUUUUCCACAAUGCUAUCGUCCCAGACCCAUCUGUCACCUACGCAGACAUAAUCACCAAUAUUAUACGCGACGGGGACGCUCAGGAAGAAGCCCCACUGUAUAAGAUCGACCAGAACGGGCUCCCACGGCGCAGGGACGACAAAGUGGGUGUGUUUGACUUCUUGACGGAAUACGAAGUGAAUUUGAAGCGUAAUCGCCGUUUGGGAGUAGCCGAAGAAUCACCCAUCAUCCACGUACCUAAGAGCUUUUACUUGAAACAACACGAACAGGAUGCAGCCCGUGGCGAACAGCAACGUGGGUUUUUGCUAGAAGAGCUCAAAACUGAAGGUAUUUUCAAAGCGUUGCUCAAAAAAUUCGAGGGCGAUGAACAGGUUCGGAACUUACUGCACGCGUUGCAAAACGGGACUGUAAUCACGGAAGACAGCGAUACGGGCGUCAAUGCCAGUCGCCGUAAGACUCUUUUCGUGGAAGACUUUCCCGUAGAAUUGAUCUUUAAGGUGCACAAUGAGAUCGUGACCAAUUGGCCGAUCGCUGAAUACCAAAAAAACUACUCGCAUCUGUUACAGCGCUACAAAGAGAUCGAUACCGACAUUCGUCAGCUUCGCGACGAGAUUGCAGACCAGGAGGAUCAAUUGCAGGGCAUGGCCAUGAGUUCUGGGGUUGCAAAAUUAAUCAAGAAAGAGAAGGAGGAGAUUGCAGAACUGCGGGAAAAGCUGGAGACAUUACAGAGGCCAUGA